AUGCAUGAACUGAAGGAAGAACGCAAGAUACUCAUCAGUCAGACACCCAUCAGUCAGACACCUAUCUGUCAGACACUCAUCAGUCAGACACCCAUCAGUCAGACACCUAUCUGUCAGACACUCAUCAGUCAGACACCUAUCAGUCAGACACCUAUCUGUCAGACACUCAUCAGUCAGACACCCAUCAGUCAGACACCUAUCUGUCAGACACUCAUCAGUGAGACACCCAUCAGUGAGACACCAAUCAGUCAGACACUCAUCAGUCAGACACUCAUCAGUCAGACACCCAUCAGUGAGACACAUAUCAGUCAGACACUCAUCAGUCAGACACCAAUCAGUCAGACACAUAUCAGUCAGACACCCAUCAGUGAGACACCAAUCAGUCAGACACCCAUCAGUGAGACACCAAUCAGUCAGACCCUCAUCAGUCAGACACUCAUCAGUGAGACACCCAUCAGUGAGACACCAAUCAGUCAGACACUCAUCAGUCAGACACUCAUCAGUCAGACACCCAUCAGUGAGACACCUAUCAGUCAGACACUCAUCAGUCAGACACCAAUCAGUCAGACACAUAUCAGUCAGACACCCAUCAGUGAGACACCAAUCAGUCAGACACCCAUCAGUGAGACACCAAUCAGUCAGACCCUCAUCAGUCAGACACUCAUCAGUGAGACACCAAUCAGUGAGACACCAAUCAGUCAGACACUCAUCAGUCAGACACCCAUCAGUCAGACACCUAUCAGUCAGACACUCAGCAGUCAGACACCCAUCAGUGAGACACCUAUCUGUCAGAUACUCAUCAGUCAGACAUCCAUCAGUGAGACACCUAUCUGUCAGACACUCAUCAGUCAGACACCCAUCAGUCAGACACCUAUCUGUCAGACACUCAUCAGUCAGACACCCAUCAGUGAGACACCUAUCUGUCAGACACUCAUCAGUCAGACACCCAUCAGUGAGACACCUAUCUGUCAGACACUCAUCAGUCAGACACCCAUCAGUGAGACACCAAUCAGUCAGACACUCAUCAGUCAGACACUCAUCAGUCAGACACCCAUCAGUGAGACACCUAUCAGUCAGACACUCAUCAGUCAGACACCAAUCAGUCAGACACCAAUCAGUCAGACACAUAUCAGUCAGACACCCAUCAGUCAGACACUCAUCAGUCAGACACCCAUCAGUGAGACACCUAUCUGUCAGACACUCAUCAGUCAGACACCCAUCAGUGAGACACCAAUCAGUCAGACACUCAUCAGUCAGACACUCAUCAGUCAGACACCCAUCAGUGAGACACCUAUCAGUCAGACACUCAUCAGUCAGACACCAAUCAGUCAGACACCAAUCAGUCAGACACAUAUCAGUCAGACACCCAUCAGUCAGACACUCAUCAGUCAGACACCCAUCAGUCAGACACCAAUCAGUCAGACACUCAUCAGUCAGACACUCAUCAGUCAGACACCCAUCACUUCAUUUCUGUGCCCCGUCAUUCCUCAUGUGCCGCCGCUUCUCGGCCUAGAAUGCACGGAGAAGGUCAGCCAACUCAGAAACCGGAACAGCAGAUUUCUAGUCUCCGAUGACCAAUCGAUAAAACAGAAAGCUUUUGGCCUCAAAAGCUGA